AUGUUAAGGUACCGAGAUUUUAACAAUAUCAAUAGUGCCCUUACAGCAGCAGUGACAGGAGAAAAUGCUUUACGCUUAAGAUACGAUCACUUCUUCAUUCUAAAAUGUAAAAUUUGUUUAAAAACAAAUCACAGUACUAAUGAGUGUCACAGAAAUCAAAAUAGAUUCAAACCAUCUCCUAACAGAUAUAUAAAUUUUAAUCAAUUUAGCCAAAAAAAUUCUAUUCCAGAAAGAAAACAAUGUAGAUAUUGUAAAAAUUUUGGUUAUGUUAUAGAGGAAUGUAAAAACCGUCAAAAUAAUAAUUCAAGGCAACAAUCGAAUUCCACAAAUUACUAUCAACAAAAUCGUAACAUGAAACAUACUUAUCAACGAAAUUCAAAUUCCGCAAGUAAUUACUAUCGCAUCCCAAAUUCGAAUAUGAAUCGUUCGCAAAAUCAAAUCUUUUCAGAUUUGAACACCCCUGGUACCUCUAUUGCAAAUACCACUGCACGUAAUAGCCCUCAGUCUUCAAAUUUUUUCAAUGUUGUAACAAUCACCAAAUCUUCCGAUUUCGAUAGUGGAAACGCUGAUAGAAUUCAAUUCAACGAGACUAUCAUAAACUCGUUUAAUACCCUACUCGUUUGUAACGAUCAACUUUGUGUAUCAUUUGAGUCAACAAAUUCUAACAUCGAGGAUAAAGUAUUAAAAUUUUUAAUCGACAUCGGAGCAACUCUUUCGUUGAUAAAUGCAUCUAGCAUUUGUGAUUAUCAUCUUAAUACUAAUAAUUCUACUGCAUUGAACGGCAUCACAUCCGAUAUACCAAUUCAAAAUAUUAGACGAAACAAAUCGAGUUAA